GGCAGGCAGAGAGUGUAGCGGUGCAGCUCUAGUGUCUAUCAUCCGUCGCCUCCUUGAUGUUCCCUAGCCGCGCAGUAACCCUACACGCUUCGUUUCAGCUGUGCUUGGAAGAGUUUCAGACUCUUGAAACUGAACCCGUAACCACCUCGUAAUAACAGAUAAGCCAAAAUCUGUUACACGUUGGUCCCGUCUCAAAAAUUAGAUCAUUAUGAAGGGCUUAUAUUGGCAGCAGAAUUCUGAAGAAGAAAGAGAUUUCAUCUUCCUGGAAAAGGAUAGCUUUCCUGUUGUGAAUGACAACUAUGUGAAAGUGCAAGUCAAAGCCUGUGCUCUUAGCUGGAUUGAUCAAAAGCUUUUGUCAGAAAUAAAAAAAGAGAAGAAAGUUCUACCUGUUGGAAGGGAAAUUGCUGGUGUUGUGUUGGAAAUUGGAAAUAAAGUAUCUUCCUUUAAGCCUCAAGAUGAGGUAGUGGGAAUUUUGCCAUUGGACUCAGAAGAAUCUGGGUUAUGUGAAGAGAUUCUAGUUCAUGAGCAUUAUUUAGUUCAUAAACCUGAAAAAAUCUCCUGGUUUGAAUCAGCUGGGACCAUUCGUGAUGGUGUUCGUGCAUAUACAGCUCUACAUUAUUUGUCCUAUGUUUCUGCCGGAAAAAGCGUGUUGGUAAUGGAUGGUGCAAGCCCAUUUGGUACAAUAGCUAUUCAGUUAGCACAACACAGAGGAGCCAAAGUCAUUUCUACUGUGUAUAAUCUGGAAGACAAGCAGUAUCUACAGAGGCUUGUACCUUCUGUAGUUCGGAUUAUAGUUGACUCGAAUGGAAAAUAUGACCUGACGGACAGUUGUUUGGAGGAGACAGGUGGAUUGGGAGUGGAUAUCAUCAUUGAUGCAGGAGUGAGAUUGCAUAAUAAGGACAAUGAAGCAACUUCACAACAAUUGCUACCACACAAGCAUGACAUCAUUAUGUUACUCAGUGUUGGAGGCCACUGGGUUACAACUGAAAAAAAUCUUCAGUUGGAUCCUCCAGAUUGUCGAUAUCUUUUCCUGAAAGGUGCUUCAGUUUCUUUUCUGAAUGAUGAAAUUUGGAAUUUGUCAAAUAUGCAACAAGGAAAAUAUCUAUGCAUUUUAGAAGAUGUAAUGGAGAAGCUAUCAAGUGGAGUUUUCAGACCUCAUUUGGAUAAACCAGUACCAGUAUAUGAAGCUAAAGUUUCUAUGGAAUUAGUUCAGAAGAAUCAAGCAAGAAAAAAGCAAGUUGUCCAGCUAUGAAGUUUCUAAGGCAGCCUGAAGUGUAAAAAUGUGAACUUAAUGUAUUCCGCAUAUUUGUUAAAUAUUUAUCAAUUACCUUCAGCUAAUAUUUUAAUUACUACUGAAAAUUAUGUAGAAGAUUUGUGGGAGAAAAUGAAAUUUCUGGUCACAGUUUUAACUUUCCGAUCAUAUCUGAAACAGUUCUUAACAUUAAUAACUGUAGGUUGAUUCCCUUAUAAUCUUAGAUCUAAUUCAAGUGGUUAAAAACCAUAGGACUUACCUUUGACUAUUGUGUACUACUUUCAUUUGGCUUUUUUCAUUUUGAGGGGAAGGGGUACCUGCAUGCUCAAUCAGAUGAGUAAGGGGGAAUCCUAUUAUUGGUCUAUGAUGUCACUGAAAACCACAUGUUUGAUCCAAGCUUAGGCAAAGCAUGAAAUCAGAAGGACAAGUUUCCUAUGGAUCUAAGUCACAGUCAGGAUUUUUCAAAAAACUUCUCAGUCUAGCUAUGUUAUCUGCUUUAAAUUUGUUGAUUUUCGGCCUGGCUGAGUGUUUUCCUUCAGUUCCAUUAGUAGUAUAUUAAUGGGAAAUCAUGAGCAACUUUGUAACUUUGUCAUUUUUCCUUUUAAGAAAUUCACUACACCUUGUUUCUAUCUUAUUAGAAUUAAAUUAUCACAUAAGCUGCAGUUUCAUUUACAAACAGCAAGACAUAUUGAAAUAAACCUGAGUAAGAUUGUAAUCUUGGAAAAUCAUUAUUUCACAAUAUGGUAAAGAGAUAGUUGUCUCCAACUCAGAUUUUAAGAACUAGAUGCAUUAUUUGCCUUCCCUGUUUUCAAAUAUCUACUUUUCAGUUCUAUUCUUUAGAAAACUGGGAGUGUAAACCUGCAUUUGUUUAUGCAGAAAUAGGACACUUACUCCCAAAGGUGCAUAUAGAAUUUCAUCUAAUGUUUAAGGCUACAAUGUUUUUUUGAUUUCUGAUCAUACUUAAAAUCUAUAAUUAAAGGAUAAUAAUUUCAGACUGUUGCGCCAAAUAAGGAAGAAUCUUGUAACAUAAAUAUAUAUUUAUUUGGGCAUAUGCUUUAACAGACCUGAACUUGCUAUGUGUAAUUUUAUUAUUUGGGUUAAAUGCAUAUUAAUUUUUUUAUUCAGUGGUCAAAAAUUCCAUUAAAUAAAUGAGA